AUGCCGGAGAUAGACUCGAAACGGUUGCCUCUCAGGCUCAAAAGGUCAUGCACUGAUGUACUCAAUCCAUCUUUGAUGGCUGACAUUGUUACAGAACAAUGGAUUCAAAUUCAGCGACUUGAGCAGGCUCUUCAUAUUACACAAAUUUUGACAUUUGAUCAUGCCCUCUUGUUUUCUGAGAGAAAAAAGAAAAAAGAAGAAAGAUUUGGCUCCUCCUCCUGUUGCAUAGGAACCCAAACCCAACGCACCAAAGGACAGAAAAAAAAAAUUUGA